AAAGACGACAGUGGAAGAAUCAAAGGUGUGAAGCAUGCAUAUGACUCGAAAACAUGUCCAAGUUCAUUCCCGACGGUAAAAACCAAGUACUACAAAAAUGCCUUCAUAUAUAUCUUCACCAGUUUCCCCGAUGCAAACCAAACAGUAAGCUAGUGUUUCAUUUUCAGACCAAACAGUAAAGCCCCCAACCCCCCAAAUCGGUCCCAUUUCAACGGAAUCAAUCAUUGAGUACAUAGAAAAGACGCCGUCUUUGUCGUCGGAGAUCGGCAACAGGCACGACGAUGUGACGAUAAAGGAAGCCGGAGAUGGCAACCUUAAUUUCGUCUACAUCGUCGUUGCCACUUGUGCUUCUUUUAUCAUCCAACAGUGGCUGAAUGUUGUGGGAAUGUGGAACUCUGUAGGCUCAGUGAGCAAGUUGUUUUCUCUGAUCCAUAUCUUUACUUACACAGAGCUAGACAUAAGAAUUUACCUUGCAUAUAGCUUUGUUUACAGGCUGCAAAACAUGAUUUAUAGACACUAUAUAGGCAUGGCUGAAUUUCAUAUUGCAAUGCAGAUAUACAAAGAGUGGAGAUUGAAUGGAGCAAACAUGGGAUCUUUUCCACCAAAAACUCAACAAGGAUGAGUCAGGGAAGGCUUAUCUUCCAGCAAUAUAUCACCUUAUCCAAGAGGAAUAUAUGAAGGAAUUGUUCCAUGACACACUUGGUUUUGGUGUUGCUAAGAUGAUAAGGAGAAUUGGUGGUGUUGAUCAUGUUGAGGACUUUGAAUCAAUCAGAGAAGGUAGCAUAAGAGCAGAUAGUGAGGCAAAGGCACUUGAAUUAGCCAACUCUCUUCUCAAGGAGAAGCAACAAUUCUUGGCCAUUGGUGAAGUUAUAUCACCCAUCAUGCAAGUCCAAUCAUGAUGGAAAUCACCUGAAAAUUGAUAUCGGUUCCCUCAGUAAAAAUCUUCAAAUACAUUUGUAGAUAUAUAUAUACACAGUGAGUGAGUAAUGUGUGUAUAUAUAUAUAUACCUCAAAACUGAUAUUGGUUCCCUCAAAAAAACUUCAAAUAUGUAUGUAUAAUCGUUGAGCUACUGUAUUGUCUGCAUUUAGCAAUCCUUUGUGCUAAAUAAAUGGAAGGUUUUCCA